GACAAGCUCAACUCACAAUUUUAAAUCUUUAUAGUUUAGGGCAAAAUCGAAUUGAAAGAUGAAAUGUGAUGUUUUUGAAUAAAUUUAGCCAAAUAAGAAUCAUUUGCUCAAGGUUGCUUCUUUGCACUUGAAGCUGCUGAACUCGAACUACGCUCAAGGGGAAUUUAGAGUCGGACUGUUUAAAAUCUGGGGAUUAGGUUGUGGUCACUUAUGGACGGGGAGGAGUUAACCGAGCAGGAGACUGCAUUGUACGACCGCCAAAUUAGGGUUUGGGGUGCUGAUGCUCAACGAAGAUUGAGCAAAUCUCACAUAUUAGUCUAUGGGAUGAAAGGGACAGUUGCCGAGUUUUGCAAGAACAUUGUAUUAGCGGGGGUUGGUAGUUUGACAUUGAUGGAUGACCGGGCUGUGACUGAAGAUGCACUAUCUUCGAACUUUUUGAUACUGCCUGAUGAGAAUUUAUGUGCUGAGAAAACACUUGCUGAGCUUUGUUGCAAUUCUCUGAAAGAAUUCAACCCAAUGGUUCGUGUUUCAGUUGAGAAAGGUGAUCUGUCAAGCUUUGGUGGAGACUUCUUCGACAAGUUUGAUGUCGUCAUUGUCAGUUGUUGCACCCUCGCGACCAAAAAAUUGAUCAAUGAGAAGUGCCGGAAGUUAUCAAAGCGUGUAGCAUUUUAUGCAGUUGACUGUAGAGAUUCUUGUGGUGAGAUAUUUGUUGAUUUGCAGAAGUAUAUAUAUACAAAGAAAAAGCUUGAUGAGAACAAUCAACCCACAACUGUUGAAUGUGAAUUGCAAUACCCAAGUUUUCAGGAAUCAAUUUCAGUACCUUGGAGAACACUUCCCAGGAGAGUGUCAAAGCUUUACUUUGCCAUGAGAGUCAUAGAAAGGUUUGAAGAGUCUGAGGGACGAAAUCCUGGAGAAAUUUCUAUUGAAGACCUUCCUGCUGUUCUCAAGCUGAAAAAGGAAAUUUGUGAGGCACAGUCGCUGAAUGAAUCUCAUAUUCCUAAUGCCCUCCUGGAAAGAUUGGUGAUGGGUAGAAGAGAAUUCCCUCCAGUUUGUGCCAUCGUUGGAGGGAUUCUUGGACAGGAGGUCAUCAAAGCAAUAUCAGGCAAAGGUGAUCCGCUCAAGAAUUUUUUCUUCUUUGAUGCUAUGGAUGGGAAAGGGGUGAUAGAGGACAUAUCUUCUCCUAACCUGUGAAAUUGAGCAUCUUGUUUGUAAAUUUGGUUGUGGAGGAACAGACCCAUUGCUGAUAUCAUCCAUGUAGGAGAUACUGAUCAAAUGGUAGGAUACUUUGAUGGAAGCGGAAGUCUAGUGAUAGUUCAUUGACUGAUUUUUCCGCAGGUUUUUGUUGUUCUGUACAUUAGAUCAUCGCUGAUGAACCUUUAACUUAUGGCUCUCAAAUCGUUGGAGCUUUUAUUUUUAUUGAUCAUGUUCAUGCUGGCUAAGCUAUGAUUGCAUGGCAAAUUCCAUGUUAGUGUCUGGAACAGAAGGCUCUUCCAAGAGAACAUAGACUUAAAUGCUUGUCCGUCUUGUUUUAAUAACAGAGCUGAGAAGUGUCUAUUGA